GCAGUGUAUAUUUGGAAUCGCUCGGAUGGGUGGUGUGGCGAUUUGGAAAGCCACAUAAAGUAGGCAUGAUCGUAUUAUUCGGCACCAGAACCUAAUCCUGCGUAUAAAGAACUUGACAUUGGUGGAUGCAGGGUCGAAGGUCAUGACGUCUUCGGCCUUGAGCCGCCUUGGUCCGUCCGUGGCCCAGAAACCGUUGUUUGAGAAGGAACGUUGGACGCUCUCACGCGGCGGGUUGUCAUGGAACUCUGCCUGGCGUCUGGCCUGGUGUCCAAGGUAGUCUUCCCUUCUACUCGCGCGUUCUGCGUGUUCGUCGUCCUGUGGGCUGCGCUGGCUGUCGUUUACUGGAGGACCGCGAACCCUCAAACACUAGGUCUGAGCAACCGGAUUGAACGGAAUGGGUUGGUUCCUUGGACUUAGCUCCAAUGGCGCUAAUUGCUGACUGAAUAUCCUUUAUAUGUUCGUUUCUUCCAUGCAGAUAUUUCGCCGGGGGAAGCGAAGGGUAGGUCAGGAAGGCCUGGCUGGACAAUUGCUCAAGAUAUAAGCACCU